AUGGCCUCAACGCCUUCUCCCACUCAUCCUCGUAUCAUGAACUUUUCUCCCUACCAGCCACCUCCCGACGUGCCCUCGACAGACCCCCCAGAGCCAUCCAAGAAGACGAAGAGCAAAUCCAAACGACCAUGGUUCAACCGAGAUCCUUCUUCCUAUAAUACGAAUUCUUACCAGUCCGGUGGCUCUAUUUCAGACCCAACUGCGGUCCCGCAAGCAUACUCGAACGACCCCGAGUCGGCUGCAUUCUUGGACUCUGGCGUCCAAGGCGGAGGCCUGGAGGCUGACAGGGCGAACGCCUGGGAGAGUAGGUUUGGUUGGCGAGUGGACAUUAUGGCCGCAGCUGCUUAUCUUGGUGGACCGGUGACUGCGUUGUUCUUUUUGAUUCUUGAGACUCGAAAUGACUAUGUCCGCUUCCAUGCCUACCAAUCAUCCCUCCUGACGACCCCCAUUCUCGCCCUCCUCCUCAUAUUCAAUCUCAUCAUCCCCCUCCCUUCAUUCCUCCGCACUCUCUUCAUCCUCGCCUCAAUUGGAGGCACGCUAUACGCUGCGUUUAGGGCUUGGAAAGAUGCCCAGGAAGGGCUGGAGAGGUUCUGGCUGCCAUACAUAGGGCCCAUUGCGGAGAGAUGGGUCAGGGGCAAACCUAUCAUUCUUCCCCUCCCCCAGAAACGCUACCUCGCUCUUCCUCCGCUCCCCAUCCUGAUCCUUCUCCUGCUCACGGGCUUCUUCCUACACUCCAUCAUCACUCCGCCUUGCCCCUCCCUUCCUUCCUCGCUGACAUUAUCAAAAUACACAAAAUCCCCAUUCCUCAUCAAGCCAUAUCAGUUCCUGCCUCCGCCAAAAGUAGAGAGACCAGAGUAUCUGCCAGAACCGGUACCGCCAAAGAAGAAGGGGAUGGUGGUUCCAGAUGCCGUGCAUUAUGUGUAUGGCCUGAAGCCUGUGAAGGAAGGAGAAAAGGGAGAAGAGCUUCCGUACUUUGCGUAUCUUGCUAUGAGGAGCGCACUGGUGAAUAUAAAACCGAGUGUCAUCUACUUUCAUUAUGAACACCUUCCAACAGGCCCCUGGUGGGAUCUGAUACGCCCUCAUCUGACGCUUAUGAAGACUGUCGUCCCGGACCAGAUUUACGGUCGUCGUCUCGAACAUUUCGCGCAUAAAGCAGAUGUUUUGCGGUUACUGGCUAUGAAGUACUCGGGCGGCAUCUAUCUUGACAUCGAUAUCUUUGUCACAAAACCGUUUGACGACUUGCUAUACUAUCCCACGACGUUGGGUAUGGAAGCUUCGCCCGACUCUAGGCGUGAUGAACUCGACCCGGAAGGUCUUUGCAACGCCGUCCUUGUAUCUGCUCCAGAUUCUCCGUUCAUCGAGAGAUGGCUCGCUUCUUACGACACUUUCGAUGGCGGUAUCUGGGCUCGGCAUAGCGUCGUCAAGCCUUGGGAAUUAGCCCGUGCUCAUCCGACUGAGCUCCAAGUCCUCUCUGAACGCGCCUUCUUCUGGCCCAUGUGGCACGGAGACGAAAUCCGGAAAACGCACGAGACGAAUGAACAUGAUUUCCAAGCUUCGGGGCAGUACACAUACCAUGCGUGGGAAUCACUCGCCAUGGGAUACCUGUCCAAGCUAUCGCCAAAGAGCAUCAGGGAGAAUGACAACAGUUUCAACAAGAUGGUUCGACCGUGCGUACUCCUGCGUUCUGGCUCUCGCUCAACCAAUUACUGA